CUGAGGCGGCUCAGUGUUUCCUGCUCCGCCUUCGAUGUGGGAGCCGGCUGCGGGUCUCAGUGAAGGAGUUGCAGGUCACACGGAGGGAGUAGUGCCAGGGCACAGGGGGUAGACAACCCCCCCAGGUCUACUCCAGCGAUAGCGGUAUACACCGAGACUGAGAGAUGUCUUACACGUACCAGGGGGCACAAGUCAAUUAUCUCUUCAAAUAUAUCCUGUUCACCUUCAACACCAUCUUUUGGGUCGCUGGAGCUGGGCUCCUUGCAAUCACUUUCUGGGCAUGGAAUGAAAAGGGUAUGUUGAAUAUUCAGUCCAUCACAGAACUGAAGGGCUUUGAUCCGGUCUGGGUGAUCCUGGUGGUUGGCUUAUUCACCUUCAUUUUGGGAUAUGCAGGCUGCAUUGGAGCUCUGCGCGAGAAUAUCUGCCUCCUGAAAUUUUUUUCGGUAAUCAUUGGAACCAUCUUCACAGUGGAACUUGUGGCUGGAAUUCUGGCCUUCGUGUUUCAGGACACGGUAAAGGAGCAUGUGCAGAAGUUUGUCCAAGACAAUAUCAGCGCGUAUCGUGAUGAUAUAGACCUUCAGAACCUCAUCGAUGCAGUGCAGAAAUAUAUGCAGUGUUGUGGGGCUGCUGACCCUAAUGACUGGAACAGAAAUGUUUACUUCAACUGUUCAAAGGAAAACACCAGCCGGGAGCGAUGUGGUGUCCCCUUUUCUUGCUGCUUGCCCGACCCAGCUCAAAAUGUUGUGAACACGCAGUGCGGUUAUGACAUCCGAUCCCCAGAUAAGAACACAAUUAAAGACAGUCUCGUCAUUUACACCAAGGGCUGUAUCCAGGCGUUUGAGGACUGGUUACCAAAGAACAUCUACUUUGUAGCUGGGGCCUUCCUAGUUAUCGCAGCCCUGCAGAUGUUCUCGAUUUAUCUUGCACGCUCUCUCAUCAGUGAUAUUGAAGCAUUGAAAGCUGGCUGGCGCUACUGAUGUUGUUUACAGGGAAUCUCCUGAAACAUCUUACUAUCAAAGUUACAAACUGUUGAGAAGUAUAUAUUUUUGUAUUUGAAAGAUGCUAAGUAUAAUAUCUAAAAAAUUUGAAUUUCAGACUUUUCUGUUCUGUGCUCCCUGUACUUUAGUUUGUUUGAGGUGUGAUUUAAUUGGACACAGGACUUUGUGGCUGAGGUCCUGUCUCACCUUAUGUCUUAUUCCUUCUGACGUGACCAUGCAUUUGUCGAAGAGUGUGUUGACACGAUUCUUGUCGUGUUGUCACUGAUUGAAUACUUAUGGAUGAUUGAAUUACUGCCAGAAUUGACAGGGGUGAGGUGUAUGUUCUUCCACCAGGGGAAAGCAGAUACGGCCACUGUUGCUCUGGAAUUCUCAGCCAAAAUUGUAGAAAUAUCACUCAAUCUUGGGCAACAUACAGAGAAUGCAAGUUAUUCUGCCACUGAGUUUAACACUCCCAAACCCCAGCAACACCCUUCCCACUCCCAGCAACACCCUCCCCACUCCCAGCAACACCCACCCCACUCCCAGCAACACCCUCCCCACUCCCAGCAACACCCACCCCACUCCCAGCAACACCCUCCCGACCCCCAGCAACGCCCUCCCCACUCCCAACAACACCCUCCCCACUCCCAGCAACACCAUCCCCACUCCCAGCAACACCCUCCCCACCCACCGCAACACCCUCCCGACUCCCAGCAACACCCUCCCCACUCCCAGCAACGCCCUCCCCACUCCCAGCAAAUGCAAGCCAGCGGUCUGAGCAAACAUCAGCAUUUCCUUCUCAAAAUGUUUAAUCUCUGAUUGGCUGUUUCCACUGGAUUGAUAGUUUUCAUUUUCCAACUGUUAAACCCAAGAGUGAGCAUUGAGCAUCAAGUCUCUCUCCAGUAAUACCCUGUCCAGUAGUGCCCUCUCCGAGACUACCUUCUGAGCCUGGGGCGUUUUGGUCCAUCUGCUUUUAUUAACAUUCCAUAAUAUAGUGUUCAAACGUUUGUUGGUAGAGUUAAAUGUCUUUUGUGAAUAAUGAUGGGAUUGCAGGUUCUAAGGUCCCAAGGGAUGGGUCACCAUCUGCCCUAUAACUGUUUAACUUGUUGAAUCAAUAUUGUGUACAUUUCUGCAGCAAUUUGCCACUCUUUGAACUGAUUACAACAUCUGAACUCCUUACCUCCCUUUAGGCUUUCCACUAUCAGGUUAAUUCCAACAUCAGCUACCCACCAAGAUGAGCUCAGCUUUAACUAUCCAUUCAUUCCACCUUCUGGUUUCAGAUGUGAGAAAGGCUAAGAUCAGUCAGGGGAAUGGCAGUUUGAGAGUAGGCCAGACAUGGGAAAACAAUGGGUGAGUCUGAAUCUGAGAGAAGAGUACUUUGCUGCCACAUUCUUAGAUGGCAGUGCAAACUGUGAACCAGAAAACCAGCUUUUGUUAGGGCCAGUCUUGGUUUCCCAUCAGUGACCUGCAGUGAAGACCCCGUGAUGGGCUCAGCUCAAUGUUGGUGGGAAUCAGCCCGUGAGCCUCUUUCUGCCAACUGUCAGCAGAACGGAUCAGACACAGUCACAGCUGACUCCUAACCUCCUCCUUCUUUGAACACACUCCUCCUGUUUCUCAGCUUCUCCACCCCACCCCAGCUCUUCUUUAUUCAUCUUUAUUCUUCCUCCAGAUCCACCUCUGUUACCCCAACAGUCUCUGUCCGCAGUUACCCAUCUCUCAAUUCCAAAUGUCCUCCAACUCGCCCUCCUUCCUCAAACUUCCUCCUAUCCAUCAUUCACCCAUCUCCCAACUCACCCCACCUUCCCUCCCCAUUACUCAAUAUUCUCCCGUUCCCUAAUUCUUUCAAGACCCAAGACCCCUUCCAGACCCAAUCCCUAGCCAAAACUCCACCUCUCCCAAACUUACCCCGACCCUCUAAUGUCCAGGCACCCCCAACCCCAACCUCACGCUGUCAGUGCCACCUCCAGACACACCUGUACCAUUGCUAUUUCUCCCUACUGGACCCUUAGUUCCCAGCCAUGAAUAGAGUGUUGUUUCAUUUGAACUGAUCAUUUUGAGCAUUGUGGCUCGUUCAGUUCAGAAAUAUCAAGAACCACAGGAGUAUUUUGAUUACUUUAAAGUGCUUUUUUAUAUUAAUUUGUAUAAUUUUUGAAAAAUGUGCUAGUAGCUACAAAAUUUGUGGAAUUUUUGCCAUGUUUUGUAUCUGAUUUUCACAAAACAAUAAAUUUUACUUGCGA